UUGAAAGGCCAGCUGCUUAAACAAUAAAAUAAAGUAUAAUUGUGACCCACUCGCAUAACCCAUCUUAACCCUUCUCUCUCAUCUCAAAAUCAAAAACCCCACUGAACUCCACUCAGCCGUCCUCCAUGGUUGCUGAACUUCAGUUAGCCCUCACCUCCAUUGUCGCUGAACUUAAUCAGCCCUCUCUUUCAUUUUUGAACUUCAGUUAGCCCUCACCUCCAUUGUCGCUGAACUUAAUCAGCCCUCUCUUUCAUUUUUGAACUUCAGUUAGCCCUCACCUCCAUUGUCGCUGAACUUAAUCAGCCCUCUCUUUCAUUUUUGCUCAAGAAUAAAGAAGAACUAAACCCUAAUUUGUUUUGCACUUCGUUGAAGUAGGACGAAACCCUAAUUUCAUGCUACACUAGAUCGAAAUCGUCCUCUUAAUCCUCUCCUCUCCGUCGAAGCCGACCAAGUCGUACUCUGAAUUCUCCAUUGAAGCGGCUUAUGAGAUUUCUGUUCUUCACUGAAUCAGCUUCUUAGGUCAAUUGUUGAAUACGUAGUGUGAGUACAUAGAUAGUGGUGGUAGGCGCGUCAGCCAAGUCGUCAGACUGAACCUUCAAUUCGACAAUUAAAGGUAUUUUUUGAUUUUUUUUUUUUUUUUCUGGAAUUUGGUUGUUUGGAGUUCCUUCAAUUCGACAGAUUUAAUGAUCUUAGACUUUGAUUUGUGCUCUUAAACUUCUCUCUCGUGAUCUUCCUCGUUCUCCUGAAGUUUUCGCCUCGGUUUCUUCUAUCUAUCGUGGCAACGAUGGUGAUGUUGAUGAGGCUGUUUCGCCUUCCAGUGAUUCUCAAUUGGGUGAUUUUUCCCCUAAAUCGAAUAAAGUGAGAAUUUUUUUGAUUUAUUGUUUUGGAUUUUUAAUGGGUUUUGUUUGAAUUUUGAUUUUGUGGUGAAUUUGGGGUGUUUUGGUUUUUUGAUUUUGUUGGAAUUUUUUAAUUUUUUUUUUCUUGCUGAUUAGAUUGUUUAGGUGAUUGUUCUUUAAUUUUUUGGGUUUUCUUUGAUGGGUUUUGUUCAAUCUGUGAUUUUGAGUUGAAUUUGGGCUGUUCAAGUUUUGAAUUUUUCAGAAUAUGGUUUCUUUGCUUCUAUUGGAAUUACUGAUAUUUGCUUGACUGAAUUGCUUAGUUGAUAUCCUUUUGGGAUUUGUUAAUUUCUGAUAAUUCUUUAUUUAUGGUAUUUAAUUGGAUUUUUGGGUGAUUUUGUAGGACAUUGUUCUCAUUAAGCUAUCUAAGCUUUUUGUUGUGUUCUUGAUGUUUUAUUGAUUUGAUUGUUAAAAUUGGGUUACAGGACGCAUCUUGUAUAUCUAGUUAUGGGGAUUUUAUUAUGGAAUUUGAGGAUGCUGUGGUUAAGCAACGGCCAAAAUGCAUUCCAGUAGCGCUCUGACAGAAUUGAAUGAGAGCCAUUUCCAGUGUUGGGUCGAGUAUUGUUUGACUGAACUUGAAGAUGGCUCCGUCUUAGAACUUUAUGUACUGGUCUGUAUUAAAAGGCUAGAAGUUAAAGAGCAGAACCCAUAUAAAUUCAACCCUGUCAUGAAAGAAUACAAAGCUACACAUGAUUCAUUCCAGACUCCUGACUAUUAUGCACGGAAUGUCUGCUUAUGGUUGGACAAGUUCAUUCCCAACAGAUCAGCUAUGGAUUUCGAUUAUGCCCACUACACGCUGCAUUUCUCUUCUUCGUGCUGCUGCUGUUCUGCUUCUGUGCUGCUGUUCUGCUUCUGUGCUACUGUUCUGCUACUUCAUUAUUUUCUGCUCAACUCUUGCCAUAAGUGUAUGGGCUUUGGAGAGCAGUGAAGCACCCUUGGCUCCAGCUAUUGAGAUUAGUGAGACUCUAGAGCAAGAAGAAGCCAGUGAAGGUCGUUUUACUAAAAAAUGUCAAAUGAGAUACAUUGGCUUAAUGUGUUAGCUUUCUAUAUUCAUCUCUAAUAUAACCUUCUAAUUUUUCAAACAAUUUGUUAUUAAUGUAUACUAUAAAAUUAACAUAAUUUUUUUUGUUAUACUAGUAACUGCUGAUAUAUUUUGUA